AUGCUGGCCACCCCCAGACCAGCCCUGCUGCUGCUGCCACUGCUGCUGCUUGUCAUGCAGGCUGCAAGAGCCCAGGUCAACCCAGCGGUGUGCAGGUACCCCUUGGGAAUGUCAGGCGGGCACAUCCCUGAAGAGGACAUCUCAGCCUCCAGCCAGUGGUCCCACUCCACAGCUGCCAAGUAUGGACGGCUGGACUCAGAGGAUGGUGAUGGUGCCUGGUGCCCUGCGAGCCCAGUGGAGCCUGAUGACCUGAAGGAGUUCCUGCAGAUUGACCUGCAUGCACUCCACUUCAUCACUCUGGUGGGCACCCAGGGUCGCCACGCUGGGGGCCAUGGCAAUGAGUUUGCACCCAUGUAUAAGAUCAACUACAGCCGUGAUGGCACUCGCUGGAUCUCCUGGAGGAACCGGCAUGGGAAACAGGUGCUGGAUGGAAACACCAACCCUUACGACAUCGUCCUGAGGGACCUGGAGCCGCCCCUCAUCGCGCGUUUCGUCCGCUUCAUCCCUGUCACUUACCACUCCAUGAACGUCUGCCUGCGCGUGGAGCUGUACGGCUGCCUCUGGCUGGAUGGGCUGGUGUCCUACAAUGCACCAGCUGGGCAGCAGCUUGUCCUUCCUGGGGGCACCGUCAUCUGCCUGAAUGACUCGGUGUAUGAUGGGGCGUUUGGGUACAGCAUGACGGAGGGCCUGGGCCAGCUGACGGACGGGGUGUCGGGGCUGGACGACUUCACACAGACCCACGAGUACCACGUCUGGCCAGGAUAUGACUACGUGGGCUGGCGCAACGAGAGCACGGCCGGUGGUUACGUGGAGAUCACCUUCGAGUUCGACCGCAUCAGGAACUUCACCGCCAUGAAGGUCCACUGCAACAACAUGUUUGCCAAAGGGGUGAAGAUCUUCAAGGAGGUGCAGUGCUACUUCCGUGCUGACACCAGCGAGUGGGAGCCCAGCGUAGUGUCCUCGGUGCUGGUGCUGGAUGACGUGAACCCCAGCGCCCGCUUUGUCACCGUGCCCCUGCUCCACCGCAUGGCCAACGCCAUCAAGUGCCAGUACUACUUUGCUGACACCUGGAUGAUGUUCAGCGAGAUCACCUUCCAGUCAGAUGCAGCCAUGUACAACAACUCUAUGGUCCCUCCAGAAGUGUCUGUGGUCCCCACCACUUAUGACCCUACACUCAAGGUAGACGACAGCAACACACGCAUCCUGAUCGGGUGCCUGGUGGCAAUCAUCUUCAUCUUGGUGGCCAUCAUUGUCAUCAUACUGUGGCGGCAGUUCUGGCAGAAGAUGCUGGAGAAGGCCUCGCGGAGGAUGCUGGAUGAUGAGAUGACAGUCAGCCUUUCCCUGCCCAGUGAAUCCAGCAUGUUCAACCACAACCACUCCUCCUCGUCCAGUGAGCAGGAGUCCAGCUCCACCUACGACCGCAUAUUCCCCCUGGGACCCGACUACCAGGAGCCCUCCCGCCUGAUCCGCAAGCUACCGGAGUUCACCCCAGGGGAGGAGGACACAGGCUGCAGUGGCCCUGUGAAGCCCUCCCAGGCCAGUGUCCCUGAGGGUGUCCCCCACUAUGCUGAGGCCGACAUCGUGAACCUGCAGGGCGUGACGGGCGGCAACACCUACUCGGUGCCCGCCCUCACCAUGGACCUGCUCUCCGGCAAGGACGUGGCUGUUGAAGAGUUCCCCAGGAAGCUGCUGACCUUCAAGGAGAAGCUGGGGGAAGGCCAGUUUGGGGAGGUUCACCUCUGUGAAGUGGAGGGCAUGGAGAAGUUCAUGGACAAGGACUUUGCCCUGGAGGGCUUGGACGCCAGCUCCAACUGCCCCAUGCUGGUGGCUGUGAAGAUGCUGCGAGCGGAUGCCAACAAGAAUGCCAGGAAUGAUUUUCUGAAGGAAAUCAAGAUCAUGUCACGGCUGAAGGACCCCAACAUCAUCCGGCUCCUGGCAGUGUGCAUCACAGAUGACCCACUGUGCAUGAUCACCGAGUACAUGGAGAAUGGAGACCUCAACCAGUUCCUGUCCCGCCAGCAGGCAGGCAGUCCCUUCCAACUCCAAACAUUCUGUGGUUCUGUGAUCUGCAGCGACCUGCGGUUCAUGGCCACCCAGAUUGCCUCUGGCAUGAAGUACCUCUCCUCCCUCAACUUCGUGCACCGAGACCUGGCCACACGCAACUGCCUGGUGGGGAAGCACUACACCAUCAAGAUAGCUGACUUUGGCAUGAGCAGGAAUCUCUACAGCGGGGACUACUACCGCAUCCAGGGGCGGGCAGUGCUCCCCAUCCGCUGGAUGUCCUGGGAGAGCAUCCUGCUGGGCAAGUUCACAACAGCCAGUGACGUGUGGGCGUUCGGCGUGACGCUGUGGGAGACCUUCACGCUGUGCCGGGAGCAGCCCUACUCCCAGCUCUCCGACGAGCAGGUCAUCGAAAACACCGGCGAGUUUUUCCGGGACCAGGGCCGGCAGACCUAUCUUCCCCAGCCUGCACUUUGCCCUGAUUCAGUCUAUAAGCUAAUGCUCAGCUGCUGGAGACGGGACACUAAAGAUCGUCCCUCCUUCCAGGACAUCCAUCGCCUCCUCCAGGAGUCAGCCAGUGAAGAGUGA